AUGUUAUGUUUGGAUAAAGAGGAUGAGAUAAAAUUUUGCAAAAAAGUCUACGCGCCCCGAAAUAAGCAGGAGGGGAGGAAACCCCCCAUUAAGGGGGGGGGAGCGGACGAGAAGGUGUACCUCCGCAAUGAGCCACAUGGGCAAAAUGGCCCAAGUGAUCACAGAGGCCUGAGUGGCCCCAAUAAUACACCUGUCGCCGGAAACGCACAGAGCAAGAACACCGACGAAAGUUUCACUGAUGAAGUAAUUUACAUAAACACGAGCUCGUGCAAUUCCUUCAUCUUCAUAAUCACGAAAAUUUGCUUCUAUGUGUUUGACAAUUACGACUUUUCCUUUGUUAGUUUAUACGCUCUGAAAGAUGAGAAUGUUGGAAAGUACGGGUACCACAACAAGGUCGUUUUGUCACCCAUAGACAACACUAUAUAUAUAGUCAGCACAAAUUUGAAAUAUGUCUAUGCGUAUAAUAUAUCGAACAAGAAGGAUGUGGUUAUGUUGGAUUAUGAAAAGAAUGUACACUCGAUAAAUGUUUUGGAAUAUACUGAUGAUGACUCCAGCGAAAAUGAAAAUGAAUAUUAUGCUUACAUCACUUACAUUAAGAAAAAGUACAGGAAAAAAAAAAUACAUAAAUAUGUGUGCAUAAAAUUAUUAACCGUUCUAUACCUUCCCAUUCCUUCCAAUUGCAUGAUGAUAACGAAAAAUAACAUUUUAUUUUUUUCUUACAACACGAAUGAAAUAUUUAUUUCGGAAAAUGUGAAAUCUGUCUUGGCUGCAACUUCGCGUCAGAACAGGGUGGCGCCUCCAAGAAAGGUUAUUCCCAACGAGGGAAAAAAUGAAACACAUAAGAAGAAAUUGCCUUCAAACGGAAACCGGGAAGACAAUAACAGUAGUGUUAGCAAGGUUGUUAUUAACACACAGAUUGUAAGCCUUAAUGGAAUUUAUUUUAGUAGAAUACCAAGGGGGGGUAAAAGAUUCGCAAGAACAACUAAAGAGGGAAAUGAUAAAAUGUGCAGAGGCAAGCAAAGGUGUGCACGUACCAAGCACAUUUUGAGUUUCCUUCAAGGAAUGAGUGAAAAACAAAAAUUUGAAAAAAAAAAUGGUCGUGUAUAUUAUUCCACCAGAAAAGGAUGGAAAGUUCGGAUGCGAGUGCGGAAAUAUCACGCCCUUCAACAUGUGGAGGCGUACUACGAGCAGUUGAAACGCGGAUUGCUUUCAUCGCACGGAGAUGACACAGCGAAAUGGAAGAGGGAGGAAAAAAGGAGGAACAAUGAUGCUCAUCGCAACAGUAAUGUCAGCCGAAGCCGUGAUGGUAGUUUUAGUCAGACGAAGCGCCAACAAAGUGGGAAGGUCUGCAGACCAAUCUACCUGCACAGCGUGAACGAAGAAAACAACCUGUACAAAUAUAUAAGGAGAAAAAAACUGGGGAUAACAAAUACGCACAUGGGAAGAAUUGCCAGAGAAGGAAUAGUAAAGGUAGAAUUUAGCGAACACAACGAUUAUGUGUUGCUACUGAGUCGAAAGGGAGAUUUUUACAUUUUCUCCUUUUUUCAUCAGUUCUUCAAUAUUCCGAAAAGGGAGUCUUGUUAUCAUUGUGGGAGGAAAGUCCACGAGGGGUUCUUCAGAGGUGAUAAAAGGGCAAUGAGGGAAGAUCCAAAAAUGAAAAAAAAAAAAAAAAAAAAAAAAAAAACUCAGGGGAUCAGGCAGCCAAGAAGUAAUCCUAACCAGUGGUCAAGUACUAAGAAUGGCAAAGGAGAUGCCACUCACCAUGAAGAAAUGACAACCCCUUAUUAUAAUGAAAUUCAAUACAGUGAUGAUAAGAAUGUUAGGAAGAGUAAACAGAAACCGGUCAUUGGCAUUUAUGUGGGUUCCUCUAUAAUAGAUAUAAGCAUGAACAUUUACAGAAAAAUGAUCCUAGUGAUAACGGAAAAUUUUAUUAUUAAAGGAUAUGGAACUUAUCCAUACGUGUGCAAACAUACCUUCCAAAAGAGCAUAUUUACAAUAGACACAUUUAAUGCGUGGAGCAAUCCACAUCAUUACUACAAUUUCGUCCUUUGGAACAAGCAACAUAAUUUUUUUCUCAUUUCUGUAAAUGAAAACAGUUAUUAUAUUUUUAACACAAAUGGAACAUUGUACUAUUCGAUGAAGCAAGAGUCUUCCUCCCAUGAUGGGUCGAAGGAAAAUUUGGACUACCUAGAGAAUAAUCACCAGGAUAGUUCUCCUCAUCGAAAUGAUGAUGAAGGGAAAGAUCGUUCACCUCCACCUGGGGUAGCCCCUCCAGAUGGUGUUUCUCCCAAGGGAAACACAAAAGAUACACCCUCAUUCUUCAACAAUCGUUUGAUGAGCGAUAUAAAAAGUAGCAUGAAACAUGCACAUGUAAAUAUAUCCUUCGUCUUUAAUGAUUUCAAACUGUUCUAUUCUUAUGGGAAAGACGAAAAGUACCACUACAUCAAGGUAAAAAAUAUUAUGUACUUAAAUGACAUAUAUAGUAAUAGCAAAACAUUCCACUAUAAUAGUAAUUACUACACAAAUGAGAACAGUCAGAAGGUAUACAUUGGAUUGAAUAACAUCGUUAUGUUUGAUACGAAGAUCAAUAAUAUUAAUUUGAGUAAUGAUGAGAAGAACGUGUUAAACAUAAAGGAAAUCAUAACUCCCUUUAAGUACGUGAAGAAAUGCUACUCUAACUUUAGCAAUACUUACAUGCUAAUAAUUUUUAAGUCAAUCUGCAUUUACAACUUUCAAAAAAAAGCCUUUUCAUAUUUUGUUGAUGAUUAUCUCAAGUUUUUUUUUCACAACUAUCCUUCUGGAUGGUUAUUUGAUGAUAUUUUUUUUGUCACAUGUUUGCACAACAAAUAUGAUGAAAAUAAUUUUCGCCACUUCAAAAGGAAGGGCGAGUUGGGCACAGGGGGGGGCGGCAUAUUUUUUAGGAGAGCCAUAACUGGUGAGGGCAGCAUGAGCUUCGACUUCUUCAGCAUGGACUACGGCACGGCGGAGGUGCGAACCGGGGGGGACUGGGGCGGAGAGCCAGUAAAUGCUGAAGAAGAAGCAGGCGGUGAGGAAGAAGUGGAGGAUGACGAUGAUGAGGAUGAAACAGACGGAGAAAGCGAAUCAUUGGAGUCGAUCGAAUCAGACAGAUCAUCCAGAUCAUCCAAAUCGAGAACGGAGGAAUCUCUAUGUGUGCAAGCUUCUUCAAGGGAAAAAGACAUUCGCCAAAAACCAAAAACACCCAAUGCGAACAGAGACCAUCGUGAUGUGGAGGAAUCCAAGUUCCUAAAUUAUCUCUUCAACAUGAACCAUAACGAAUCUGACAUGUACUACAAAUAUUUUGAAGAAUAUUUUAACACCAACAAGAGGAAUAUAUACUCGAAACCCUUCUCCGUGUUCUACAAUAAUUUCUUCGUAAAGGAAGAUGAAAACGCGUUUUUAGAGGCUUAUUUGAUGGAAAAACGCAGAGGGGGGGAGGAAAUCCUUCCCAGGGAGAACAACUCUCAGGAAAAAGUUCAUCCUGAUGAUGCUGAAAAAGGGCCAAGUGGGGACCAACCCCCACCCCAUGUUACAGAACCAUACAUUGAUGAAAAAAACAAUCUUAUACAUAAGUACUAUAGUGAGUUGCAAAGGAAAUUAGAUGCUCACGCAGAAUGGAGCGAAAAGAUAGGUAACGCCGAAGAUGAAGAGAAUGUUAGGGGUGAGAAAGAGCACCGCGGUAGUGAAGACCAAAACGGCGAAAGCAGUUUCUCAUGGGGAAGUAGCUCUUCCAUACAUAGUGACGGCAGUGCAGCAGAUGCCCGGGAAGCAAAAAGUAGUUUAAAAAAAACAAAUUUUCAAGAGACAUACGAUUUUAAAGAGAAAACAAGUGAAAAAAAAAAAAACGAGCAGGAAUAUAUAACAAAACUAACACGCUCCUAUGAAGAAAUUAUUAGUAGAAAUAAUUUCUAUUAUAUUAUAUACCUUUAUAACAUAAAUAAUGCCCUGCGGUUUAGCAAUUACACCUUGUCCAUAAAAUUGUUGUAUAGGCCUAUAUUAACCCACGUUUAUUAUGACAAAAGUUGCCUAGCCGAAGAGGAAGACGGAGAAAGAAUAGAGCAUAUGAACAAGCAGUCGAACGAGAAAACAUCGGAAAAUAUGUCUAGAAGGAACCACACAAUCAGUGAAAGGUUUCUAAUAGUGUUGGAUGCAUUUUACAAUUUAUUUUGCUUCAAAAUUAGUAAAGUAAAAAACAAAGACACAGAUAAGCAGGAAUAUUCCCUAAAAUCCGAAAACAUUUUUAUUUUGCCUUUAAAUAGGGAUAAUAAAUUUAUCGAGCCAAGAUCCUUCUACACCCUUUUCGACAUCUACCACUAUGUAUUUCUUAAUUAUGACAAUUCUGUUCAUUUUCUGCAUAUUUACGUAGACAGGAAUAAUUGUUACGAUUUUGAGUUUACUCAAGCUUCCAGCACCAGAGUAGAUUACCUUGAAAUUGUAAAGGGGAAAAAUUACACUAACUACUACGCCUUGCCAGCCCCAAUAAAAUAUAUCUGGCCUCCGCCAAGCUAUUAUACUUAUUUGCUAUACUACUACUUGGUUUAUGUAUUGUAUAGCAUUAACGGAGCAUGCAAGGAGAAGUAUGAGAAUUUUACAAAUGACCUCUCUUCAGCUUGGAAGGGUGGAAAUAUGAAUAGUGGGGGGGUAAUAAAUGCAGAGAAGAACAUGCACAAUAAGGAAAAUGCCAAAAUGAUAGGAUCAUUAAACGGAGAAGCAGAAGUAUUUGCUCAAAGUGCUAGCCAUUCUGAUGAAUUGGAAAAUUGUGAACCAUGCAAAUGUUUAGUCCAGGCAUCGUCUUAUGACUUCUUCACGAUGAGCCCAUCAGAGGGGGGCAAACCAAACAAAAUGAGGAAAUUGUUUGAGAGCAUUUUCAAGGAUAAGCUAAAUAAGCAUUCAGAAAAUUAUAAAAGCCUGGUUCGAUUAAAAAGGAAAAUGAAUAGUGUAGUCUUGGACCGAUGGGAAAGAUCAAAAAAGGAAGCUUCUUUUCAUCUGAACAAUUUUAGGCAUCUUAUAAAUAGUUCCCAUAUAUGUGAUGGGUAUUAUUUGCAGGCACACAAAGCAAAGAAGCCUUAUGUGGAGAUGGAGGCUCAUUUUGGAAAAACUGGCAAAUCGUGCCAAGUUCGUUCCAGGUGGAAAAGAUAUAAAUCUUUACUGAAAAAUAUUAUCCUUUCAGUAAUUCAUCAUAUAGAAGAACAUGGAAAGAAAAUUGCAAAUAAAUUGAACAGGACGAUACUCAAGUACAAUUUCUACUCUAUUAUUGAAGAGCUCCAAAAUAAGGAGAAAUCAUGCUAUGUCUACAUGAGUAGCAAAAACAAGAUGAGCGUAAUAAGUGUGAGCAAAUGCCCCAAGCAGUUUUGCCUUCUGAACUCAUUAAAAAAUGUCAUCCUUUUUGACAGCCACAGGUAUGUAAAUUGCCCGCUAGUGAUUUAUCGGCAUGUAGAGUUAUCCCGCUUUGCAGAUGAUCGCAAUUCCCACCUGCAUCAUACGGUACACCACAUGGGGUUGUGCAUACACAUUGUAUGUAGCCAAAUAUGGAAAAGAGAAAAAAAAAUGACGUUACCUACCAUAGGGGAGAUAAACAAAUCAGGGAAGACAGAGGAGGAAAGAAAGUCGAAAAAAAAUGCAAUAAAAAAUCAAGAGAUAAAUAAUGCCAAUUGGUAUCCAUCCCCGUCUUCAUACGACACAAUAAGCUUCAAAAUAAAUAGCUACAUUAACACAAUUUUAUUUAAAUAUUUCAAACUCUACAGUGAUGCAUACUCUUACAAAAAUGGGAAGUAUCAACCGGUGUAUGAUUCAAAAUGGAGGAAAAGGAAACUUCGCGGAAUCAUCAUUAACAUUAUAACGAAAUACAUCACUUGGACCAUGUUCGCUACCAACAUUUUGGAAAUCGUUUUGUAUAAAUCUCUUAAAAAACUGAAUGACCUCUACGUUACUUCAUAUAAAAUUAUCUACAACUAUGUUACGAAGAUUACUAAUUCUUCAUAUUAUGAUAUCUUUACUCGAAAGGGUAGAGACGAUACCAUUUUUAAUAUAUCCGCUGCGGUUUUAUACUCCCUCUUUCUGUCCAAGCGAUAUCGGGAGGGGAGCCACGCGAGGAGGUUACAGGAUACCCUGUUUCAUCGACUAUUUGGUGUGAAUGGUUCCCAUCAGAGUGAAGAACCUUAUUUGCACGAAUGUAACACAGGAAUGGAGGGCACGAAGGGGGAAAAUGCAGAGAAGGAAAAUCGAGGGGAGGAAAAAUCGAAGGAAAAAUUCAUUUCGUUUUUGAACGAAAUGGGCGCAAGUGUGUCAUCCAAAGAUGCACCCAAAAUUGAUCUUCUCAAGAAAGGUGUAAAGGAUGAGCGCGUUUACUGCGCGAUUCUGCAUUUGCUGAGGCUAAAAGGUGGAGUAGAGACUUCUAUUGGAAAGCCCACAGGAACAACCAAAGUUGCUACCCACAAGGGGUCACACCAUGAGUUGUGUAACAGCUCGAAGGAUCGGCAAAUUCCUCCAUUCGACGUGCACACUGAUUACGCAUAUAAAAUAAACUGCAACGUGUACUACGGUGGUCUGUACCUACUGUGCGUGCUGAAGAGAAGGCACGUGUUCCACCUCAUGGUUCUCCUAAAAAUGUUGCGAAAGUUUUGCAAAUUUCACAUGGCAGAGGUUGUUAUCAACAUUAUAAGGAAGAUGGAUCCUUACGUCAGCGCCAUCUUGAUGUAUGCACUGGGCAAUUAUAUGCCUCACGAUUUCAUGUACCUUUGCUUACCCAACCAGAGGUAUAACAUAUGCUCUCUAUUCAUCAUUAAUAUACAGAACUAUCUGGGGAUAUAUAACGUCAGGAAAUUUUAUUGCAUGUACUUUCUGUGUAUGAGUCUCAGAAAUAAUAUCAAGUAUGCAGAUGACCUGAUCAAUUUCAUGUGCAUACUUUUUUAUACUUUAUUUGAAAAUAGGGGGAGAGACUACCUAUUUCAUUGUAACUAUUUUGGCUUGGAGGAUGUAACAAAAAGAAAAAUCAUGGAGAACGCCAUAACAGGAGCAAACAGUAGUUGUGCUAAUCAUGACAAUUUCUUCUUUCUCCUUUUGUGCACAAAUAUUUUUAAUAACAUCAAAUUCGCAAAAGCAGAUGAGGUGAAUCUCUUCCAAUUUUUGCUAGAAGAUGCCCACAUUGGUGAUGCUCUGCAGAGAAGAAGAAAUCGCAGCGCAGAGAUUUGCAGCCCAAACAAAAUGAAUCAUUACGUAUACGAUGAAGAGUCACUAGACAUAGAGGGAAGGAGUAAGCUCUCCCUGAAAAUCAAAACCUUCUCUUUCAAAAAGUUCCAAAUGAAUAAAAUUGUCUGCGAAUUUUUCUACAACCAUGAUGUAAUAGCUUUUUUUUUAAACAAUAUGGAUUCGUUCCCUAAACUACACACGUGUAAUUUGUCCAUCUUAGGGUGCACUCCCAAUCUGGUGGGACUCCGUUCUUCACCUCUAGAGGACGAACAAAAUGUGGAUCUCGCUGAAGUGAAGAACAUCUACAUCAGGUUUAUCCUUCUGGUUCAAAAUAUCGUGUGUUACUACAUUUACAACAUGAUGUGGUUCGAACUGUACUACUUCGUGAUUGGCCUAAAGGUGGACAUUCUCUCCUUUUUCUCACAUUCGUACUUUUUCAAGUCGAGUUUGUUCCAGAACGUAUUUUGGGGAAUCUGUCCCGUCGACGUUUCUCUGCAUGGUUACACUGAUUGGGAGUUUCAUUUUGUAAAUUCAGACAAACCAAGAACGGUGCCACAUGGUAAUGAAUCAACCCACGUCGGUAACACCAUGUGGAAUGAACAGAUGGGAUUCUUCCAGCAAAGCGACGCAGGAAAUCAACCUAGGCGAAAAGGCAACAAUGGGGAUUGUAAAAAUGGCAAAGGAAUGAAGCCAAAUGGUCGUAGGAUGAACCCCCCCAGAAAUAGUAAUAAAGACCAUGAUGAGGCGGAUCACCCCAAUGGGGAGAAACUGCAGGGUGACGGUUAUGGAAACGCUUUUCCACCACCACAGAACAUGUCGAGCACUUUCAAAGAGAACUAUCAGGAAUACACGAAAUAUAUGAAUCACAUGAAAGAACUAGGAACAAUUUUUAACAAAUUGGAAAAAGAAAACCAAGUUAUUAAUAAAUCCUUCGCAGAUGACGCGUCACACAAGUGUUUUCUCAUCGAUAUAUAUAAAUCUUUUAAGAGACAUUUUAAUAUAAGCUUCUGGAAAACGAAGAAGGAGAACCUCAAAAGGAAGGACACGUCCAGCGUGAUGGAAGAGUACACGCGCAAUAUGUCCAAGAUGGAAAUACAAAAUGAAAAAAAUAUGUAUCGCAGAAAUUUAUAUUCAUACGAUAUAUAUAAUAAACUCACAAAUUACACAUUCCUGGAAACGCAUUUUGCCCCAUCUGUUUAUAAAUAUAUACCUAUUCAUAACACCUUAAAAUAUUUGUACUAUUUUUUUCGUGUGUGUAAUGUGAAGAAUACGGAAUAUCCCAAGAAGUACUUAAAAUAUAAAAUUAAAAAAAGAAUUUACAAUUAUAUUUGUUCUACUAUUGUCAAUCUUGAACCGAACGCAAAGUUGGAUGAUAAAAAUGUUGGACAGAAAAAACAAGAAAAAAAAAAAAAUUCAUUUAUUGAAACUUGCUGCAUUCACAAAAAUGACAUUAUCUGGUUUUUACUAAGAAUUUUUUUAUUGUUAAAGUUGCCAAUUCAUGCUUUAGCCCUAACGCUGUAUUGCAAAAAUUACGUCAUGCUCAACAUUUUAAUGAGCAUAUUUCCCCACCUGUACCACAUCAUCAACUACAUUUUAAAUAUGAAUGGCACCCAUUUUUUAUAUAAAAAAAGGCAAGAAAGUGCGAAAAGGCAAAACGGUACCAGCGCAAAACAUGAACAAAGUGAAAAUGUUAAUUUUAUCUUAUCCAACGAAGAAUUCAAUAAGAAGCUUUGCGAGUACUGUUAUGAGCAUAUUCUCCACUACAAGCGGAAAAACAUAACGCCUUUUUCAAAGAAAAUAUGCCAUAAAAUUUAUGGAAAAAAAUUUUCAGACGGUGAGGACAACUCCACCAGUAUGUAUGACCAUUAUAUGUCAUGCGAAUGUUUGAACAAUUUAGUUUUAUUGAGGAAGAAGCUGUCUGAUUUGAGAAGAACCAUAUGA